AUUGGGGUCAACCCCGCAGGUCAAUACUAUUCGAAUGGGCAGUGCUUCACGUCGAAUCCUGCGAUUAAUACUACGGGCGCAUGCCCUAAUGCUCCUCUGCCCCCAAUAGUGGUUGCGCCGGUAACCCCACCGCCAUGCCCGAAUGCUCCUCUGCCGCCAACAGUGGUUACGCCGGUAGCCCCACCGCCUUGCCCGAAUGCUCCUAUGCAGCCAACGAUUGUCUCCCCGGCAGCCCCGCCACUUCAACCAGCUCCCUUUGUACCACCCUACAACCCAAUGUGUAUCACCAACUGCCAGACGGUUUGUACGGGUGCUAUUCCUUGCUUCUCUAAUUGUCCCUCCAACUGUCCGCCCUCUUAUCCUUCGCCCUGUCCUAAUAAUUGUCCUUCUAACUGUCCUAAUACAUGUGGCAACAACAAUUGCAACAAUAAUAACAAUUGCAAUGGAAAUAACAACUGCAAUAAUAACUGCCAAAAUGCCACCCCUCCAACUGUAGCACCACCCAUAAAUCCAACGAAUCCUACCCCUAAUCCCAUCUACCCCAAUCCUUCUCCUCCUCCUACUCCUUGUCCGAUUAAUCCCACUCCACCCUCGAAUCCCAUCUACCCCACUCCACCCUCCAAUCCCGUCUACCCCACUCCACCCUCAACUCCCGUCUACCCCACUCCACCCUCGAAUCCCAUGUACCCCACUCCACCCUCCAAUCCCAUCUACCCCACUCCACCCUCCAAUCCCGUCUACCCCACUCCACCCUCCAAUCCCGUCUACCCCACUCCACCCACUUCUCCCUACCCCACUCAGCCCAAUAAUCCUCCGCCGGUGGAAACCCCUUCGCCAACGCCCCCCGCCUACCCCCCACCGACGCCACCAACCGAACCACCUACCUAUGCUCCUCCGGCCAUCACCCGUUGCCCGGACGGAACGAUCCUCAUCAGGGGCAAGUGCCGCCUGAUCUACUGCGGAGGAUAUGGAGUCUACAAAGACGGUCAGUGCGUGCGGCCACAAUGCCCGGCAGGAUAUGUCUGGACGGAAAACCGGUGCUCCAAGCCACAGCCCACUGAGCUGGGAACCAUCCACCUGACCAGCACCAUCUACCAGCAGGGCGACGAUCACCCCAAACUGGUCACCAACAACGUAAACAACUUGAAGGUCAACGCAUCUAUCGCCAUCCCAGGACAGACCUCCGAGGAGGAGCUGGAAGUGGUGGUAGAAGUACCGCCUUCUCCGCAGCCUCCUGCAGGGCCCUGCUGCAACGUGGUCACGCCCAGGAUCUGCAGCACUCCGGUAGAUGAUACAAGCGGCGGCGGGUACAAGUGCUACAGCAGGAGCCACCAGCAAUGCGGAUCCUUUUGCAGUGCCAGUCGAGUGGUUCUGGUCCCGGCCGUGGUCACCACCUGGCAGAUGUCGAAUGCUCAGCUAAUGGCCAUGCCUCCCACCUGGGGGGCUCAGGGAUGUCAGUUUCCCGGAGCUCCAUGCCAACAACCUCAAAACUAUCACGAUUGCAGCGGCUGUGCUGCUGGGGACUUUGCCACCUGCUCCUCCUACUGCUACUCUUACAAGUGCCCCAGCCACAACUGUGUCUAUUACGACCAGGCCCAGUUCUGCGCCCAAUAUCCUGACAAAAUUGGCUGCCGUACCGAGGAUGGAUGGGGCCUAACACCAGAAAAGUCAAAAUAAUUCUUUGUAAAAAUAUUUUAACUCAAUAAAGUUUCCACUAUUCGACGUCAGAGUCUAAAGUGCUUCUUCUGAUAAA